AUGAUUUUGCAGCAAGUGGAGCCAAUAAAGGAAGAAAUCCGGGACACUAUCAGAUACAUGAAGGAUUAUCUUAGUCAGCGAGCACACGAGCUGAAACCCCUGCAUGAUCGCUACCCACGACUUCUUGCAUGUGCGAAAGCGAGGUCUGAGAGAAUAACCAAAAAGCUAGUGACAUUCUCCAAGUCGUUGGAGGACCUUCAAAGCUCCUAUGACCACCAAGAGGAACGGAUAUUAUGA